GUGAUAGAGUUGUUGUCUCGAAAUCUGGGACAACGCUCAAGCCAGUCUGCGACCAGGGCGAGCGAUGGCAGAUCCACCAAACACACCCACAUCUCCUGACAAGAAGGAUGGAGAAGGGGAUGACGCUGAUGAUGGUUGAUUAUUUCUCAAUUAUUGGCGUUGAGCAGCCCUUGAAGGCGAUGGGGAUGGAUGAUAGUCCCAUGGCUGGUGCUUUUUCUAUGCUUUUUUUCCCUUGUGAUGAAUGCUUUCUUCUCUCCACAGACACGGGCUUCACCACAAUAAUUAAUCAUAAUAAUAAUAUAUCCCCAUCCAUAUUAUUAUUAUUACUAUUACAAUCAUAUUAUCACUUAAAGUUUGGCGGAUAUAGGAUCGGCCGUCGUGUCCGCACAAAAAUCGAGAUUCUCACCGCCGCCCAGCAAGACCUGAACGAACUAGCAUUUCUCUAUCGCGUCUUCAUCCCAGAAGGUUUCGACAAACCUUUUUUCCCUUCUUCUCUUCUCUUCUCUUUUCUUUUUUCUCUUUCCUUUGCCCACGAGCUCAUGCACCACGAGUCCACGACCCAUUGACGACCCUGCAGAAUCUCCAAUUGAUCCCUCUCUCCCCAUCCCCAUCCAACCUCCGACCCCGUUCUCCCUCAUCUCCUGACACGGCCUUGAGUCUACCUAGCCUCUUCCGAUUCCAACUCGAUCUGUUGUCAUUGAAAGUUCCUUUUUGGCUCCGAUUAUUCUGCCGCGUCGAGGAGAUAUCUGCGAGGAAUUGGCGUCGAGACCCAUGUAACCGGAUCGCGUGUCGCUGCCCUUGCUCUACCCAGCGGCUUUGCCAGGAAGCCCAGAUUCUAUAUCGAGAAAGAAGCAUUCGGUUUGGCAGGAUCCA